AUGGCGUCCCUCGAUCCCGACCGGAACCCAGGGUGCACUUUAAACGAACACAAACGUCGUGAUCGUAUCUUUCUUAGUAAGGAAUAUCUUUGGCGAAAAGGUGCGACUGCUUCCCAGCUUCGCCAACUUUUGGCUGCUUUCCGUGAUUCAAAACGCCUUUUUGCACUAGACUCGAGCGUCGACUACGGGAGUCUCGCCAAGCAUUUGACGUUUUUAACUCGGCUCUUCGAGACCGGAACUCUCUCUCCGCAUUCGACUUGGCCGUUGGUAAUUUUGAACAAUCUUCUUGUCACUUUUUUUCGGGCUCCUGCUUCAGCCAAGCUGAAACUGAAAAAUUUGUCGGUUGAAACACCGAAAGGGCUUUCCAAGGACCCUCACCCAAGCUCAAGUCAAUUCUAA